CCUCCAACACCCAAAAUUUUAAAACACUUGCGAUCUAUCUCUCUCCUCCCUCUUCUCUCUCGCCGAACCAGUUACAGAACCUCACGACAGAUUUGGCGACGCUGUGGAAAGCUUGUGGGGUGGGUGAGAUUCCGGCGGCUGUUCGCACGACGGUGGGCUUGUGAGGUGGGGGAGAUCGAGGCGGAGCGGUUUGUGGCAGGGCGGUGAGGCGAUCGCCAUUUGUGAUUUGUGACUGCGAUUUAUGAUGAGUGACGAUAGAACCUUGGUUAAGAAGCUACGCGACGAUUUCGAUCUGGUACGGCUGGUGGAUGAGAUGGUAAUUAUUUGAGAGUUUGAUUUGGGACUUUCCUUUUUCUUUAUGUGUUGUCAGAUUGAAGAAUUCCUCGUCUUCAAACACUUGCAGGCAGCAACUGGCAAGCAAAUUCGAAGUUUUGAUCUGUCAGUCCUUUUUCUCUGCGAACAAACAAAACCCAAACCUAAUUUUCCCCAACAAUGUCGAAAUCCACCUCUUGCACUCGGUGCAAGUCCAAAUCCCUAGUCCGCGACGAUGUCACCGGCCACUUGGUCUGCGAGAUCUGCGGUCUCCUUCAAGAAUUCGACAGCUUUGAAGCUCACUUCGGCGGCAUCACCGGCCCACAAGGCACCUUUGUCCGCCUCGGCACCGCCGGCACCGGCUCCACCUUCAAUUACAAGGAAAAGAAGAUCUACGACGCGCAGAAGCUCAUCGACGACCUCGUUUAUAGGCUCGGAUUGUCGGGAUCCAAAUCGAACGACGUCAAGUCCAUGGUCGCCACCAUCACCGAGGGGGAGUACGGACAAGGCCACUGGUUCACGAUUUUUGUUGGCGCUUGUGCCUAUGUGGUAAUGAGGAAGGACAAUAAAUCGCUGCCAAUGGCCGAGGUCUCAUCGGUGAUUGGCUCCGACGAGUUUGAGUUGGGGCGAAUGAUUCAGCGCAUCGUCGAGUUUCUAAAUCUGAAGCGAUUGGAUGAUUACCCCGAAUUUGACAUUUUGAACUCGUUUGAGACGGCAUUGAGGAACUCCCGAAGCUUCGCGGGUGUCGGGGAGGAAGACAAGGAGAGGAUGAGAAAGCAAGGGAUUUUCUUAAUCCAGUGCAUGGUCAAGUGGUCAUUGACCACCGGUAGGAGGCCGCUUCCGCUUGUUGUCGCGGUGUUGGCCUUCGUUGGCAAACUGAAUGAGGUUGCUGUCAAGAUUGAGGAUGCGGCUAAAGAAUUUCACGCCAAGGUUUACACUAGUAAGGUUAGGUAUAGAGAGCUUUUGGAGGCUCUUGUUAAGGUCGCCCAAGCAUUGCCUUGGGGAAAGGAUGUUACUGUGAAGAACAUUAUGAAGAAUGCACCUUUUGUUAUUCAGUACAUGGAGAAGAAGUCCAUGUCAAAGCCUGGUGAAAAGGAGAAAAGGGAUUUGGAGAGUUUAAGGUUGGAUUUGGAAGAUGUGGUUGGUGACUGUUUAAGAAAAUGUCUUGACUAUGGGAAGGAUUUGGUCUACGAGGAAGAUGAUUCUAGCUACUUUAAGGUAUAUUCUGAUGAGAAGAGUGGGUUACUGAGUGGUGAUGAUGUGAAGAAGUUUACGCUUUCACCUGAAUGCUUAUCCAUGGUGUAUGCAAAAGUUUCAAACGAAGUAGGUAAUGUGAAAUCUGGAAAAGAGGGUAGAGACGUUCAUGGGAGAGAGAGGAUGGUUUUUGACUUUCGGGUUUGUACAGAGUGGUGGAAUGGAGAGUCUGAAUUGAGCAAGAAGCUUUUGCUGAAGCAGAUAUUGGAGAAAGAUGUGGGAUUGGAAGCUUUGCCACCGUCUUUUGUUGCCGGUUGCAAGGUGUAUGAGAAAAGGAGAGAAAAGAUAAAUGCCGCUAAUCGGCGAAUCAACAGGAUUAUGUUUCCAUUAAACGCUGAUUUAGAUGAUAAUAGCAACAUUUCUUGUAAGGAAAUUUCACAUCCUAGAAAGAAGAGGAAGAGUACAAAAGUUGAUGUCAUUAGUUGGGAAGAUUUGAUUAUUGAAACUCUCCUCCUUCAUAAAGUAAAAGAGGAGGAAAUUGAGAAGGGUCACUAUAACACCUUAAUGGACUUGCAUGUUUUCAACUCUGGAAUUGUUCCAGAUACACCUGCACGGUUACAAGAGUGGUAGUUCGAUACCGCUCAAAAUAUCCUUGCAUUUGCAGGUUCAAACAGAAUUUUUCCUAGGUUUGGGUCGGAUUUGGUAAUCAAUACAAGGUUUUAUGAUUUUUUUUUUCAAUUUUGUAAAUUCAUACCGCUGCUACUGGUUUUGUCUGAGAAGUUGCCAUAGAAGUCUAAUUUGUAACAUCCUUUCUUCCUGAAUUUUAGACUUAUUGCAAAUUUUUUCUCUGUUAAAAUUUUAACAAAAAAUAAUACGUG